AUGUACCGCGAGACACGCAGCUUCCUGUUCUUAUGUCUUAAAUUAUUUCAGUUAUGGCUGACCUUCGGCGCAUCACUUGCUUUUCUCAUCAUCGGCCUUGUCAGAGGAUAUUCAUCAUCAUCUAUACCUUCAAUGGAAAGUCUUAAUCCGGAUAUUAUACAACAUAGCGAACAAAAAUCAUGGAUUGGUGCAAUACCACCGCUAGGAGCUUUUUUUGGCAGUAUGUGUUCCGGACCUCUGAUGCAACGUGCAGGCAGGAAGCGGACAUUGCAACUGACAGCACCGCUUUGGGGUGCCAGUUGGCUCAUACUCGGAUUUGCACCUAACUUUCCUGUUAUACUAUUGGGACGUAUACUGUCGGGUUUUUGUGUUGGAUUUGUUUUAGCGCCAGCGCAAGUAUAUGUAAGCGAAUGCUGUGAUCCUGAAAUCCGAGGGAGGCUGGGCUCUUUGCCCACUCUGUCUAUGUCGCUGGGUAUCCUCAUUCCAUACGUAGCCGGAAACUGGUUAUCAUGGAGAUAUUUGGCUUUCUUCUCUGCUUUAUUUUGUGCUGCUUUGUUUUUUGUACUACUGCCGUUGCCCGAAUCUCCAGUGUGGUUGAAGUCAAGAGGCCUGGACGACGCGCUCGCGAUCAAGUGGCUGCACCUCUCUCAUCACGCUAUAGCUACCGUCAAAAAUGAUGACGAAGAAAACAAUGAAAAAGUGGAGGAACCGAAGAGUUUGUUUACACGUGAAGUAUUCUUCUCAUCAUCCGUAAUGAGGCCUCUAAUUGUUGGUUUUGCCUUACUUUUCUUCCAACAAUUCAGUGGCAUUGAUGCUGUCAUCUUCUUCACCGUCGAGAUAUUCCAAAAAGCUGGGAGUAGUCUAAAUCCAAGUGCAGCAACAGUCAUAGUGGGCGUAGUGCAGUUGAUCAGCAGCGGGGUGAGCACGAUGCUAGUAGAUCGCUCAGGCCGGCGGCCGCUUCUGCUUAUCUCCGCCCUCACCAUGUGUGCUUCGAUGCUGUCUAUGGGCUGUGCAUUCUUCUUUGAAUUCGAGAAGAACUCAUUCCUCGGAUACCUGCCGAUCGCAAGCUUGGUGGUGUUCAUGGUAGGAUUCUCGCUAGGUUUCGGCGGGCUACCGUUUCUGCUGUUAGGGGAACUCUUUCCCACGCACUACCGUUCUCAACUCUCCGCCAUGGCGAGUGCCGUGAACCUGCUGUCCAUGUUCACCGUCAUCAAAUCUUACCAUGCUUUAGAUCGUGUUCUUACGUCAGCUGGUACAUUCUGGAUGUACUCCGCUUUCUGCGCCGUGGCCUUCUUCUUUGUGAUAUUCAUGGUUCCGGAAACGAAGGGCAAAUCACUAGCAGAAAUAGAACAACAUUUCCGCGGCAAGAAAACUAAGGAACCUGUUAAUUUACAAUCAGUUCAAUCUAAAUUUUAGAACUUUAAUUUUACUUUUAACGCUUUAAAUACGCUGUUUUUAAUAUUCAAAAGUAUUCAUAGCCUAAUCUUAGUGAAAAAGAGUUUUGUCUCGUCAUGGGUCAUAUUAACUUAUUAAAAAUAAUUUUUAUCCAGAUAAUUUACGACAAAUUCGUAAAUAUCAUAAAUAAAAUUAUAUAUAUA